UACACUAACGAUAGAUUCGAAUCUAUGGUUACUGCAGUUUGGUUUUCUUCCUUACGUUACAACAAGAGAAGUUGUCAGAUGAUAUAUGUCGUUUCUCCACAUGUUCUUUAAGACACAGGGGAGACAGAGAAGAAGAGCGAGAAGAAGACAGAAGACGUCCUCCGUCCGCGGGAACCCAGGACGAUCCUGCUGCCUAAACUGUCGCUUCGAGACUUUCAGAACGAUGCAUUUUUGUAUGGCGAGGAUGGAGAAUAUGAGACAAUUGUCUUGGAGGAGUGGGUCGACAAGUAUGACGGACCCUCAUCAGCCUACUCCCGUCGUCCCUUUCCGACGGAAAGCCACAGCUGGCCCAUGGUAGCCCAGUCCUACCGUCCCGCGGCCCCACAGCCCCGCUCCCGCAAGCCUGACCGCCGUCCUCCCGGCAAGUUCGGCCCUAGCACCACCCGUAGCACCUGCUCGAUCUUCGGGGAUGGUGGCCUCUUCUCCGCCAUCCGGGGUAUGGGUGACUUCAAUAGAGAGAAACCUGCAGCCGCUGCCAUCGUGCACCGCGGAGAGUCGGCAGAGUUUCUGCGCCUUGUGCGCGCUGCGAAAAUCAAAGUUGAAGUAGACAACAUCUCACGCCAUUCCAAGGAGAACGAAGACGAGAUUCUGAAGCGCGCUGUUAAGGUCCAGGAAGAUGGCGCCAACUCACUCAAUUCCGAGGAGACAGAUGAAGUAUACUGGGAUUCUCCAGGGUUUCAGGGCAAGUUUCUCAUCAAGCGUGCUGAAGAUAAAAUUCGCGCCGACUCACGCCACUCUGAGGAGGGAUCAAUAUACGUAUACGUCAACGGUCCCUGGUUGCCUCUGUGGAGGGUGGAAUACAACGAGUUCUACAACCCCAACCCGCCUGCGUGGUUAGCUGAAAACGUUGAAGAUGGAGACCCGUUCUUUGACGCACUGGACGUGCCGAUGCAACUUGUCCAUUCUGAGAAGGGAUCAGUAUACGUCAACGGUCCCUGGUUGCCUCUGUGGAGGGUGGACUACGACGAAUUCUACAACCCCAACCCGCCUGCGUGGCUAGCUGAAGACGCAGAACAUGAAGAACCGUUCUUUGACACCAACCCGCCUGCGUGGCUAGCUGAAGACACGGGAGAUGAAGAGCCGUUCUUUGACGCGCUGGACGUGCCGGUACAACUUGUUCCUCUGUCCGCAGUCAAUGGACAACAGUUCGGUCCUGUCCAGGAGUUGGAGCGGCCCCAUCAGCUGCUGAUGGCCCUCAUCAUGUUCGUCAUGAUGCAGUACCUCGUCUCCUUCCAGAUCCUGAUGUCCAGCGGGGCAGAGAAGAUUGUAGACGCUAUGACGAGCGUGUUCGCAGUUAUCCGGAUCUACUACGAUAAGAUCAAGCAUCUGAUUCUGCCCUUCAUCCCGUUCAUUGUCAAGGAUUUCAUCAUCUCAGUCUCCGGGUGCACCUGGAUGUGGAUGACCAGGGUGGCUGAGUCAGUAGGAGGCGCUAUGAACAGGGCACUGGCACUCCUCCAGAGCCACUCUGACAAGUUUCAGCUCGUGGCCAAUAAAAUCAAACAGCUGCUGCAGCCCCUCGUCCCGUACGUCAUGAUGUUCAAGGAUUCCAUGGUGUCCAUGGUGGGAUCCGCCCGGAUGAUGAUGGUCAGUGCAACAGAAUCGGUAGGAGGCGCUGUGAACAGGGCAUCAUUCGCUAUGCACAGGGCGAUGUUAGUGUUGGACUACGCCAUCACCGAUCUCAUGUACACUAGCCUGAAACAGCUGCUACUGGCCUUCAUCCAGUAUGUUGUCAAGUUCAAGAAUUGUAUCCUGUCCAUAUACGGUUAUAUCCAGAUCCUGAUUAUCAAACUUGUAGAGACUUUAUGGGGCGCUGUGAAAAGGGUGUUACGAGUGUUGCACUACGUCGGCUACGAUCUGAUGUACACUAGCGUAAAACAGCUGGUGCUAGCCUUCAUCGCGUCUGUUAUCAGGUUAAAGGACAGGAUCAUCUCCUGUAUUCUCUUUAUCCUGAUCAUCAUUUAUCUGACGAGGCGCGCGUAUCAACAUAGAAACCAACUUAGACACCGGAUGCACUGA